UACCACAUCCACCCCUCUGAAAUUUAGGAGAAUUUUCACGCUUGGUUUACUCUAUAACAUUCACUUCCUUGGAUAUUGAAAUUGAAAGCGUUUAUUCUGAGUAGAGAGUAAGCUGGUGUUCAUUUUACUGAAGGAUAAUGGCUCAAACAUUGCUGCUCAUGUCCAGCGUUGGCACUAAUUAUUCUGUAGAUUUGAAGAGGGACUCAUCGCUCCAACUUCAAAGGCAAAGACUGAGGCCUCAGUUUUCUCAUCCCCUGUUUAACCCAACUCCGUCUAUCUCUUUCUCCUCCUUAUCCAGUACACUUAAAACUUUUGCUCUUUUCAAAUCGAAGACCAAAGCCCCCUCCAAGGUUGCAAAGCCACAACCGAAGCCGAAGGUUGAGGAUGGCGUCUUUGGCACCUCUGGAGGCUUUGGAUUCACCAAGGAAAAUGAGCUCUUUGUGGGUCGUGUUGCCAUGAUUGGUUUUGCGGCAUCGUUGUUAGGGGAGGGAAUAACAGGGAAAGGUAUUCUAGCACAGUUGAAUCUGGAGACUGGAAUUCCCAUAUACGAAGCAGAACCCCUUCUGCUUUUCUUCAUCCUUUUCACUCUUCUAGGAGCCAUUGGAGCUCUGGGUGACCGUGGUAAAUUUGUGGAUGACCCCCCCGCUGGCCUUGAAGGAGCUGUCAUUCCUCCGGGCAAAAGCUUGAGAUCAGCCCUGGGUCUCAAAGAAGGAGGUCCUCUAUUUGGAUUCACGAAAGCUAACGAGCUGUUUGUGGGAAGAUUGGCUCAACUGGGUUUUGCUUUUUCCUUGAUUGGAGAAAUCAUCACAGGGAAGGGAGCUCUGGCUCAGCUCAACAUCGAGACUGGGGUUCCCAUUAACGAGAUCGAGCCACUCGUGCUGUUCAAUGUCCUGUUCUUCUUCGUGGCUGCUUUGAAUCCUGGAACUGGUAAAUUCGUUACAGACGAGGAUGAAGAUUAGACGGUGACGGAUGUUGUAAACCAUGAAACUUAGUUCAUCUUUUAUGGUCAGUGAAUUGGAUUUCCUUAAAACAUCGUUGUAUAUCCUCUGUUCUCUGAUCUUAUCUGGAACAUUCGAUGAAAAUUUUCGGUGAAAUGGCCAUGAGUUCAGCUUUCGAGUUUUUGACAGUUUAA